AUGAACGCGCGGUCGCAGACUUUCGAGCUUUCCGUUGAAGGGAGGCAAGCGGACGAGGUGGUAACGAGUCUGUUCCACACGAUUUUAUUCCACAGAUCCUUGGGGAAGUUCAUGUACACCGGCGACGAGUCGUAUUCGGUGGGUACGGUCGGUUACAUGGACGUAGAUUGCGACUUUAUCGAUUUAACUUACGUGUGUUGCUCCUCCGAGACUCUGGAUAGAACGAUAAAAAGGGAGAUCAACGGUUUCUCCGAGCGGCUUCGUAACAGCGAUUGUUCGGGCAACGGCCAGAUAAGUCUGGAGUUCUUCCAGAAGAAGCCGAGGGCGUGGUUCGCGCCCGAGUGCAUCUCCUGGGAGAUCUGGACGAUCCGCUUGGAGCUAAUCAGCCUGAGCAACGAGGGCGAAAGGCAGCUGUGCCGGGAGAAGGUCAGCGAAUUGAUAGGCGAGAAGAUCCUCUACAUCGCCGACGUAAUGAAUCGCGGCGAUUAUUUGCCCAAAAUGCCCAACCAAACGGAGCUCGAUUACAUUUUCGACACGUCGUACUUCGACGUGCAACCGUACUUGUUCAAGAUUAACUAUAAUUUGGCCGGUCCGUCCGCUAGCUCUUCGGUUGGCACCACCGUCAAGAAUCUCAUCAGCAAUCACUUUUCGUUUUAGAUGCGUUUUUCGUUGAGUUUUUUUCGGUGCAAAACGAUUUAAAAAUGGUACUGAAGAUACAUCUUAAGAUCCUUAUGGAAC